AUGGAAAACACAGAGUCCUCCAAAUCAAAGUCCCAAUAUGUACUGUGGAAUCCCCUUACUGAGGAAUUCACGGUCAUUCCUUCUAGCCCCACUCAACUUAUACCAAAAGACCCUACAGGCUUCACCUUCUGCCCGGAUUCUGUUUUUCACGGGUUUGGUUAUGACCAACUUAGAGAUGACUUUAAGAUCAUUCAAUAUUUAUCAUUUUAUUAUGAUCGCUAUCCUCGGCAUCAAACAAGUUUUUUUGAGAUAUAUAGUUUGAAAAGUAAUUCUUGGAGAAUGAUCAACAUGGAGAAUCAUAUGUCUCAUUGGGAUUUUGUUCUAUCUCGUUCAUUUUCUGGUCUCGAAGUUUAUGUGGAUGGAGCGUGUCAUUGGUUGGUUUUGGAUUCUUUCAGCCAUCUACAUGCUAUGACUCUCUUGUCAUUUGACUUGAGUGAUGAGGUGUUCCUUACAACACCCAUUGGGGAAGAACCUUUUUCCCCAUACAGUUGUCAUGGACGCUUGACGCAAUUAAAUGGAUCAAUUGCUUUAAUCUCAAAUUAUCACGAUGAUAUUGUUUUUCACAUAUUUGUUCUGGGUGAACUUGGUGUGAGUGAAUCAUGGAUCAAACUAUAUACUUAUGGCCCCUUACCUUCCAUCCAAUGGCCCCUAAUUGGAUUUGGAAAGAUGGGAUAUAUAUACGUUACGACAAAAGUUUAUGAAGUCGCCUAUGUUAAUUUGAACACCCAAAUAAUUGAGGAGUUUGGUAUUAAUGGUGGAAAGAGAAGUAAAUUAAUAAUUGAGGUAGUUGGUAUUCCCAGUGGAAAGGGAAGUAAAUUUAUGGCCGGUCUUUACAAGGAAAGCCUUCUUACAAGUAACUAG